AAUUCGUAUUAUAAGAUUGGCACCAUUGCGUUGUGCGCGCCAACUGGUGGAAAUAACCUCUGACCUCGGGCGCGUAAUCGUCCGGUCGACAGAUAUUCGACGUUAUUUCUUGGCUCGCUCGUGGUUUGAUAGAAAUGAGUCGUCGGAUUCGAACCGCGCUCUAAAAGCACGUGAGUUAUGCUAUAACAAAUGAGCUUUUCGCAGGAGAUUGAGAUACUUUUUCGGAGCCCAUGAAUUCGGAUCAACAGGUAGCGAGUGCCGGGUCGCGGUCGCCGACCGUGUACGAUCGAAAGUAUGUGGAUUUCGUAGAUAAUGCAUUGAAGGAGGCGGCCGACGAUUUCGAGAAAGAGGGCAAAUUCUCUGAUCAGAAUCUAUUGAAACUAUACAAGCUGUUUGACGGAACGUUUGAGAGGGCAUUAGAUUUGUACGAGCAGCAACGAGUGACACAAAUUACCAAGUCUAACGCAAUUAUAACGGAGCCGUGCAAGAGCGUCGACGAAGCCAGCUGGUUAAUGCAAGUUAGAGGACACUCCGGAGCACUGUACACGCUUUUUCCGGAAAUAAAUUAUUGCACUUGCGCCUCUUUCAGAUGUCAGGUUCUAACAGAUCGGUCUGCUUUCACUUGUAAACACGUUUUGGCAGCCUGGCUAGCCAGUGUCGACAAGCAGAAGUUAUUGCACCAACAAUUAACGAAGAAACAGUUCGACAGUUUACUGUUGUAUCAGAGUUCAGACAAACAUGGCGACCUCUAACACGGAAGAUCACGCGUUGGUCG